AUGGACAGGAAAGCAGCCUUAUUGAACUCCGAGCCAAGCCCUCCCGAGUACGAAACAUUUCUCAGCCAUGCCGGAAAGCAGCUUGAGGCGGAGGAAAUUCGCCAAGUGCAGGAGAAAGACGCUGCCAGGACAGCAGCGGGAAAGUCGAUCAUAGCCAUGUCAAGCGGCCUGCCCAAUGCUCAGGGGUUCCCGAUUAUAGAGGCAGACUUUCGCCUGAGGGAUGGUUCUGUGUUGCACCUGGAUGAGGAGCAGAUGAAUAUCGCUAGCAACUACGGGCCAACAGCCGGAUACGUCCCACUCCGAGAGUGGUUACUCAAGCUUCAGAAACAAGAGCACCAACCUCCACAGCUUACCAGACCAAACCACCCAGAGGGUUUCAAACUUGCUGUCACUGCUGGAGCCUUUGAUGGACUUCGUUCUUUCAUAUAUUGUCUUAUGGACAAAGAAGAUAGCAUCAUCCUAGAGGACGAAGUAUACUGCUCUGUGACAUCUAUGGUAAAGCUCCACGGCUCGGCGGUUCCCAUAUCCCACGAUGACAAGGGAGUUCUGGUCGACGACCUGGAAGAACUGAUGUCCACUUGGCCACAGAAAUACCCGGACAGACCCAGACCCAAGGCGCUCUACGCCAUCACAGCUGGGAACAACCCCAGAGGCUACAACUGGACAGAGGAUCGUAUGGUGGACAUCUACUUGCUGUGCAGGAAACACAACCUUCUCAUUAUAGAAGACGGAGCCUACUACUUCAUGCAGUUUGGACAGGUAAGGAACACUGUGAAAUAA